AUGGACCACGGGUCUGAGAAGACGGCGCGAGAAGAGGACCUCUACGUGGCAGGGCGGGUGGUGCACAUGCGAUGCCCAGCGAUCGCUUGCAACGGCGAGUCCAUGGAAGCGAGAGAGAUUGCCGCACUCUGGUCCGUCAGAGACCCCGUGAUAUGGAUCGAGCUUUUGGAAGAGAACUUGCAGUACUUGGCACUGUUCAUGCGGCGAGGGCUGGUGGAUUAUCUAGCGGAUGAAGGUGCUCCGAGCCGCCGCCGAUUGAAGCUUCGAGGGGAGGCAGAAAAACAAAUGGUGAAGAAAUCGAAGAAGUCGCCCAAGAAGAAGAGUCGACGCUCUCGCAAACGCAAGGCUGCCGCAAGCCAGGAGGAUAUCACUUUUACACCUCCCCCGCCACUCCUGAUACUGGAUUUGGUCUUGUAG